AAAAAAAACAGGAACAGGACAGCUGAAGCUGUAGACACGGGAUGAGUGGUGACGAGCCAGGGCUGGAUGUGGAUUGCCGACACAGGCAGUAGGUGACUGAGAUGGGCGUUCGUCUAGGCUGCUUGAGCGACUCCCCGUGGUGGCCGCCGCCGCUGCUGCUGCUGCUGUUCUGCACUGUCCCCUGCUGUUCGGGCCGGCCGUUUGGGAUUCCCUCGCCCUCCGUGAACGUGGCGGUGGUGUUCAGCGGCUCGGCCUACCAGACGGAGAUUAAGGGGCGGCUAAGCCGGGAAAACUUCAUGGACCUGCCUCUGGAGGUCAACCCCAUCACUGUGCUGGUCAACAACACCAAUCCACGGGCGCUACUCACGCGCAUCUGUGACACCCUCUCCACCAACCGCGUCCAUGGCGUGGUGUUUGAGGACAACAUUGGCUCGGAGGCCGUGGCACAGAUCUUGGACUUCAUUUCCACUCAGACAGCUGUGCCCAUUGUGGGCAUCAGUGGAGGCUCUGCUGUCGUCCUGCCAUACAAGGGCGAAGGCUCCAACUUCCUGCAGCUGGGCUCCUCCAUCGAGCAGCAGAUCAACGGCAUGUUCAAGGUGAUGGAGGAGUACAACUGGGACAGCUUUGUAGUCAUAACCAGCCUCUACCCGGGCUAUGAAACCUACGUGGAUUACAUUAAGUCUUUCACUGACACCAGCUACUUCAUGUGGGACCUGCAGGACGUGCUGACCUUCGACAUGUCUGCCGACGGCAUGAACGACAUCCGAGCACGUAGGCUGCUGCAGCAGAUCGACGCCCAGGUGUUGUUGGUCUACUGCUCACACGAAGAGGCCCAGUAUCUGUUUUCCAUGGCGACAGAGGCCGGACUAGUGGGGCCGGGCUACAUCUGGAUUAUUCCCAGCUUGGCUGUGGGAAACCCGGACAACCCCCCACCUGACAGCUUCCCUGUGGGGCUCAUUAGCAUCAUCACAGACCGGUGGAGGAUGAGCCUGAGGAAGAGGGUGCGGGACGGGGUGGCCAUCGUGGUGAAAGGCGUGCAGAGCUUCCGGAAACAGAGGGGCUUCAUUCCUGAGGGCCACAGUGAUUGUCACAAUCCCAUCAAGCCAUCAGCUGCUAAUGACACUCUGUUCAGGCACAUGUUGAAUGUAACCUGGGAACACAACGACUUCUCCUUCAACAGUAACGGUUACCUGGUGAAUCCAGCCAUGAUAAUUAUCACUCUGGACAGAGAGAGACAGUGGGACAAGGUGGGGAACUAUGAGAUGGGGAUCCUCCAGAUGAGAUACCCCGUGUGGCCGCGGUACGGCUCCUACCUGGAACCAGUGUCGGAUUACAGGCAUCUGACGGUGGCCACGCUGGAGGAGCGGCCCUUCGUCAUCGUGGAGGCAGUGGACCCUAUAACUGGUACAUGUGUCAGCAACACCGUACCCUGCCGACGACAAUCCAACAAAACUGAGGCCAUUGUGGGUCACACGGAGCCAUACACAAAACUGUGCUGUAAGGGCUUCUGCAUAGACAUCCUGAAGAAGUUGUCCCGCACCAUUAAGUUCUCCUACGACCUCUACCUGGUCACCAACGGCAAGCACGGCAAACUGGUCCGGGGCAUUUGGAACGGGAUGAUCGGAGAGGUGUUCUACAAGCGGGCGGACAUGGCCAUUGGCUCCCUGACUAUUAACGAAGAGCGCUCCGAGAUUAUUGACUUCUCAGUGCCAUUUGUGGAGACAGGGAUCAGCGUGAUGGUGGCCAGAAGUAACGGGACUGUCUCACCAUCUGCCUUUUUAGAACCAUACAGUCCGGCGGUUUGGGUGAUGAUGUUCGUCAUGUGUCUGACUGUUGUGGCUAUCACGGUCUUUGUCUUUGAAUACUGCAGUCCAGUUGGGUACAACCGCAGCCUGGUCACAGCCAAAGAUCCCGGAGGUCCCACCUUCACCAUUGGGAAGUCAGUGUGGCUGCUAUGGGGAAUCGUCUUCAACAACUCGGUCCCCAUCGAGAAUCCAAAGGGGACCACCAGUAAGAUCAUGGUCCUGGUGUGGGCUUUCUUCGCUGUCAUCUUCCUGGCUUCCUACACAGCCAAUCUGGCAGCCUUCAUGAUCCAGGAGCAAUACAUCGACACCGUCUCUGGACUGAGUGACAAAAAGUUUCAAAAGCCACAGGAGCAGUACCCUCCGUUCCGCUUUGGUACGGUCCCAAAUGGCAGCACAGAGCGCAACAUAAGGAGCAACUACCCCGAGAUGCACUCCCACAUGGUCAAAUACAACCAGAAGGGAGUAGAGGAUGCCCUUAACAGCCUCAAAACAGGGAAACUGGAUGCCUUUAUCUAUGAUGCUGCUGUGCUGAAUUACAUGGCUGGCAAAGAUGAGGGCUGCAAGCUGGUGACCAUUGGCAGUGGUAAAGUGUUUGCUACCACUGGUUAUGGCAUCGCCCUGCAGAAGGAUUCACGCUGGAAACGACCCAUCGACCUGGCCCUGCUUCAGUUCCUGGCUGAUGGUGACACACAAAAGCUCCAGACCGUCUGGCUCACGGGCAUCUGCCGUAAUGAGAAGAAAGAGGUGAUGAGCAGUAAGCUGGACAUUGACAAUAUGGCAGGAGUCUUCUACAUGCUCCUCGUGGCCAUGGGCCUGAGCCUGCUGGUUUUUGCUUGGGAACAUCUGCUCUACUGGAAACUACGACAUUCAGUCCGCAAAUCAGAGCGCCUGGACUUCCUCCUAGCUAUCAGUAGAGGCAUCUACAGCUGCUUCAACGGAGUAGAGCACACUGACCGCAACGGGAGCAUGCCGAGUCCAGACGUCACUACCAACUAUACGCAAGCUAAUAUGCUAAAGAUGCUGAAGACCGCCAAGGACAUGGUGUCCUCGGCCAGAGUGGAGAACUCUCUGGACAAUGCCACCAAAACAAUAGAGAACUGGAGCAGGCGCGGGGGCGACAAUGUGCGGGCUGGCCUGCCACCCAGGGUGACGACCACAGACAUGACCCACGGCCGUCUGCCCUACAUCUCCAGCAUCACUGACAACCACUCGCCGUACCCUCAGAGGGCCCUCACACCGACGUUCCCACUUCAUUAUGGUGACACCUCCACCCAGCCCCUCCUCGACAAGCCGCGCGUGGUGACCCGGCCCACCCCGCUCCGCUACACGCUGCCCGCCCGCAGCAGUCAGCACGUCUUAGAGAGGACUCUGCCCAUCUCCAGCCUCAGUAGUCCUCACAUCGCCAUGAGGGACCCCGCUCCCUCGGGUACACCUACCCCGCACCACAGCAGCAGGCUGUAUGUGGAGAACCAGGCCCGGCACCCCACGUCCCCUUUUGUUCCUUACAGGGAGUUUCAGGUGCCUGAUAUCUACGUGGAGCACAGAGGACCGCUGAGGAGGAAGUUUAGCUACCCGCCUGACUGUGUGAGCCGGAGGAGGAGGUCGCACAGCUAUGUGUUCGAUGCUGCAGACCCCAGAGUGAGAGCUGACUAUGAUGAACCUCGAUCCUGCCUUGCUGAGUUGAGGGCCAAUCAUCUCCUGAACAACCACGCCUCUGAUGCUGCUGCCAUGGCCUGCACUGCGAGACACUACCCAGGCGGUAGCACCAGCUGCAGCUCCUGUAUGAAGUCUUACCUGGAGCCGGAAAUGGAUGAUAUACCACUCCUGGGGAAGGACAAACUCAACCGACGAGCCUCAUUCCUCAGAGCCACAUGGGGCAACGAUAGGAUCCAUCAGGUGGAUGAAACAAAGCCCUCCACGUCCACAUCUCCCUCCACCCGCGUAAACAUGCCUGACCUGUUUCCACGGGUGGUAGUGGCCAACCCAAAGCCCCACAAGCUAUACGGCAGUUUGGGGCACAACCUGUCCUGCUAUCCCUUGGCUGCUGAGCCGGCCUACUUGGACCCAGCCCACAUGGGCUCCUACCCCUACAAGCAAAAGCUCAAGUACUCUGAAUCCACCCGGCUGCCCUCGUACAGGGAAGCCAUCCUGCAGAAUGCCGCAGCCCUGCGCCGCUCCUCCUCCACAGUGGUGCACAGACACUACUCCACCUACCUAAACUCGUACACAGACUUACCGGUGUAUGUGGGGCCGCUGGCCCAGGGACCAUCCCAGUUGUAUGACGGUUCCAAGGACAUGUGCCACUUGUUUCCGUGUACAAGCCACUGCCCAGAUAAUGCAGCAAUGCUGCCUCGUAUGAGUGACAGGCAGGUGGUGUACCACAACAAUAUGUUUGGGGCCUACGAGGGCACAGGAAAGAGGGAAGACCCAGGCCCUGGGAGCAGAGAGCGGAGGCAGGUGUUGGUGGCGCGGAGAGUCAACAGUCCCUAUGUGCCAAAGCCCUGGGGCAGGGUAUCCAGCCUGGAGUCUGAGGUCUGAGCCACCAUCCUAACUGGACCUCCGCUAGGCUCUCAGACUGAGCCCUUCUGAGGAGGGGAAUGCCCUGGGGGUUAUCUCCUCGGCCUCUGGUUAAAGCAAAAAUUAAACUCUACACCAAUAGUGUAUUUGAGAGUGCUGACUCUCAAUUAUCAGUGCAAUAAUAUCUUAGGCAGCAAAAUGUAAAGGAGAACACACUGACAAGCAAACUACUGCUGGGACUUUGUAAGCCAAACUUAAAAUACUAAAAAAGAAAAGGCAAUGUUGAAAAGUAUUUAAUACAUAAGAAUUUAACCUGUUGAUUGUUAUUUAAAGGAUUUUUAAAUGCUGUGUUGCUAUGUGAAAGAAUUCUGGGAGACAAUAUACUGUAGCCUCUCAAUCUGAUUACAACUUGAGAUAUUUCUUUUUGUCAUUUUUUUCAAGCUCAUUUCAGUAUCCACCAUUUCACCUGAGAGAUCAAUUAUUAAGAUAAUUUUGUGAUCAAAGCACUGACGUAUCUGAAUUUUCUAAGUCCACGACCUUGGGCGCAAAGUUGUUCUGAGGUUUUCUGCUCCAUUGGUCAUUGAUGUAAUUUACUGGGAUUUUAAAAAGGGAAAACCAUAAAAAAAAAUUAUCAUGUGUAUUUCCAUUGUUACACUACCCUUUAAUAAAGAACAAGGUCAUCUC